AUGGGAAGACCGUUAGGAACCUUGAUAGUUGUUGUCCUCAAAGCUGUACGUCGUCUUUUUGCACUUGCUUCGAAACCACUGAUUCUUCCUGCUGAUGGCCUUUUACCCUUUCGUAUACCACAGCGUAAUCUACCCAACAAGCAGCGAAUAGGGAAACAAGAUCCCUAUGCAACUUGCACGUACCUUUCACAUCGCAAACGCACUAAAACCGAUAAAAGGGGAGGCCAGCACCCGGUAUGGGAUGAUGAACUACGCUUCGAAGUUUACGAAAACCUCAAGGAUGUCAUGCCAUCAACCUCUGUUGCUACGACCUCAACUGGCGGUGUCGCGCCUGUUAAAUCUUCGGAUCCAUCCUUGGGAAUGGGAGGAAAUCCAGGGGUCAAAGAAUUAAGGGUAGCUGUAUACGCGGACGAUCCACGCGACCCGGAACUGAUAGGUGAAGGCAAGGUGGAACUUACCGAGACUCUAAAGAAGGGCGAAUUCGACGACUGGGUGACCAUCACCAACAAAGGCAAAUAUCAAGGGGAGAUUUACCUUGAGAUGACGUUUUACUCCGCUAAACCUCCACCUGAAAAGCAACAAAAUGCUGGCACACCUGUCCGAGCAGGUGUCUUCGAAGCUGGCUCUCCUGCAUCAGGCUUGAAACCGACCCAGACCCCUCAAAAUAAAUUGGGAACACCGAAUGGGAACAGGGCUCGGUCGCCGGCUCCUCACACGCGUAUCAAAGUUGAUCCUUGGAGCGUUCCACCUUCCUUGCGAGCUGGCCUACCAGCUCGCAAGCCAGAUGGUGCACUGGUCAGUACUUUACCUCUCCCAGGACAGCCAGGUCCGAUCAAUCCGUUGAGUCCGCGCCAUAAGUCCUCGGAGGCACUUGGGUCACAACAUACAGCUUUACCAGUUCCGCAUAAUUUUCGUGUACCUUCACGCAAUCAUUCUUGUGACGAAGCCGCGGAAAUGAUGAACGCUAUGUCAAUUUCCGAUCAAUCUUCCCAUUAUGAUCCGCAUCCUCAGCCAUCAGGCUUGGCUCCUUCCGUCGAGGCAAACACCGGGCGACCACAUCGUCAUAGUUUUUCAACCUACUCGACAUAUGCACCUAAUCAUUCGCAGUAUCCUGGCCAUAUACCCGGGCCAGGUGUUGAACAAGCAGCUCACAACGUUAACCCCACCCGUCUCCCGAGUCAUGAUCCCGUCAAUCCCGACCCUUACAUGACCCAUCAAGCCCCUUUUUCUCACAGCUUGGCUCCCAACCCCAGUCGGCGCCCACUCCCCAUACCCGUUGUAGACUCAGUCAUCCGACCCACUUCUGCAUGGGGAGAUUACGGCAAUCAAACACCUGCGAAUAAUUUACCUGCAGCAUACCCUUCCAAUGCAGACGCGCAUGAAUCCCCUGGUUCGAAUUAUCAGCCUUCAAGCGCUUCUUAUCCAUCACAUCAUUCUUAUGCAGAUCAACCCCCGAGGCCUCUUCAUACAUCAACACCAUCUCACACUGUACAUCCUACGUCGGGAUAUCCACUCAAUCCACUUCGCUUCAGUCUACCGCCGCCACCGCCUGGUCAGACUCCUGUUUCAAUCCAUGAAGUUUAUCAGCCUGCUAUCCCAAGACCUCUUCCUCCACCAAGUCCUCUACCUUUCAGGCCGCAUACUCCCAGUUAUAACCAAUCACCGCCCUAUCCUCCUACUGAUCAUUCUCAACCCCCCGUGAGUAAUGGGAUGGGGUAUGAUCCUAACAUGUAUGAAUCAGACAAGUUCCAAUCCUAUCAAGGGUACGGCGCUUUACCGGAUCCACCACCACAUCAACAGCCACAGCAGUAUCCAAACGGAGGAGUCCUGCCGCCUCCACCACGUUUACCGCAACAGCAGCCUUUCUCGGGCUACCAAUCUCAACCUGCAGCCCCACUCCCACCACCGCCACCCCAUCAACAUUAUCACAAUCAUCAAGCAUUACCGACACCAUCCCAGACACCUGUUCCCUUUCCUCACCAAACCUCGCCGUAUCAUGAUGUUCAUAGUCCUUAUCGUGCCAUGACUCCAGCACCGCCGUUUCCUCAUCACCCUUUGCCACCCCCACCUCCACAGCAACAUCCCGCUGCGAUCGGAUAUCCUCCUCAACACACGUACCCCAUAACACAAGACUAUUCGCAACAACACUACCAUCAGACUUGAUCAAAGCCAGAUAUCUCGCAAUUUGAUCCGCAGCUCAGGCUCACCGUGUUUGUGCCAGGUGAUUAUUACAAAAUAAAAGUUAGAUAGCGAGUUUCUGUUACGAACUGACUGCAGGCGAUGGUACCUUUCAACGUUGCAACUUUGUUUCUUUUUCUUGAUAGAAUAGACUUCAACUCGGCAGCGAAAUAACUAACCUCUAGAAAAGGAAAAGAUUAUAGAUAUAGUGUGUGUAAACGAGCCAUCAUCCCUUGACUCUUAAAUGUCACAAACAUUCACCAAUCUCUUCAAACCUCUUCGUGUAUGCAUUGAUUUCAGAAUGAUUUUUUUCUAUAUAUGUAUAUCAUUUUUUGCACUGCAUUAUCUCUGGUAAGCUUUGAUCCGUUCACUACUUUUAUUAUCUACUAUUGUAAGCACAUAAAUCUUUCAUAUUUUUUUUUCUCAAGUGAAAAACGUUUGGGUCGUACAAAGUUAUGUGAUCUCUCAUGGGGUGAAAAACAAAUUGAUUG